AUGUCCUCACGGCAACCGAAAUCCCGAAGCUCCGACGGAGAAAAAUGGUCGUCUGGGCGAAGAUUGACAAGUGCUCAACGCGAACGAAAGAGAGCGAUUGACCGCUUACGUGCAAAGGAGCGAAGAACCCAAGUUGCUGACCAUGUGGCUGGUCUCGAAUAUAGGGUUAGCCAACUCAGUGCCGAACUCGAAAGAGCCUACACAGGUGCCUCACAACAUGUUGAAAGUCCUGAAAAUAUCCACGAAGGAUUGUUAUUGCAGAAUGGCUGUGACUUUACGCAUUUUCAAGGUUCUGGGUACACCCCGAGUGAUAUAUCGACUUCUUUAUGCGUCAUACCAGCCACAGGAUGGGUACCGGCGGUUCUACCAGAUCCGUCCAACGUUGUUGAAUCCAGUCCAUACUCGAUGCAACCAGAGAUGAGUACAACAAUAUCUGCAAGCAAAUUACCCCCGCAAUCGAUCAGCGGGAGCUUACCAAAGACCAAGCUCGACGUAAACGCGGAGACUACCAGGGGCACUGAACAACUGACCGGGUGCAAACGGCGAGAAAAAGCACUUGCUGGUAAUGACUGCCAAAGCAUCUUCAACGACGCCGUAACCAUGGCGCGUGGAUUAUCUAGCACCACUGUGUGCGGAGAUCCCAGCUUAAACCAAGAUGUUUUAGUGAGAGGCGUCCUCUUUGGCUGGGAGAUUGCUACGACGGCAUCCCCAAACCAGUGGCGUUGCCCACUGUUGCAGAUUUUGCAACUCCUGGACAGACGGAUCUUUCACUUGAGCGGCACCAUCACCAGACUAUGCGCGUUACGAAUGAUCCACUUGUUACUUCUGUGUCUUGUUAAAGCUGCCUCAUACGAGACCCUUCCGCCAUGGUAUCGCCCACGGCCCUCACAGUAUUAUCUCUCACACGCUUUGGCGAUAGAUGUCCUGCCAUGGCCAGGUCUACGAGAACGUGCCGUGCUUUGCCAGAAAUUAACGCAAACGAACAAGUUCUGGACUGAAGUGAUCUACUUAUUCCGGUUCAGCUGGCCAUACACCGUCCGUGAUGUGUUGAGUCUCAAUUCAGACACUGGGCUGUACGAGUUUUCGGGCAUGUUCAACAACUAUCUGUACGAGAUUCAAAGGUGGAGGAUGGACUUGAAGUUUUUCGAGAGCUUUCCCGAGACCUACGACGACAUCAUCCCUGCAGAGGUGAUUGAACGGCCUCUUCACUUAGCCAGUUCCGAGAAGGUUUCCGCGUGUUGGGACGCACCCCGCGGGGCUCUUCUUCUGCCUUUACCGCAAGAUAUUCAUGAGGAAGACGUCGACUCAGAGUGGCUCGACGGAUUCUGCUCACGGUCAUGCAUGGGCAACUGGGAAGCAGGGUGUUGGAAACAGCUAAUCAUGGGCCAUUCGAAACCUAUUAAUAUCAACAUAGACGAUGAACCUCAGGCUUGUCUAGUCAACUGA